GUACAUCGGCUUAUUUGAUGAAAUUGUACUUUGUUGUUUCUUGUUCUUCUGAGUUUGUUUCUCUACGGUUAAAAUGUAUUUGUUGUAAGUGGCUUUCAGUUAAAUGACACGUGAUGUAAUUAAAAACACCCCUUGCAAAGUUCAUUAUCUUCUCAAAACAAUGAGAUAUCAUCACUAGUCGAUAAUGAUCCACAGAAAAUGUGACGGCGUUAAGGAGAAAUGGGAAAAAAUGUGUUUUUCACAAAAUUCUAAAUGGCGGAAACUAAGCUCAUUUGCUCAGACUUUUUUGUAGAGCAGGUCGAAGAGCACACAUUUCAAGUCAGACUGGCCUAGUGUGGUACUUCUUCUAAUUUGUAGGAGGCGCUAUAGAGACAUUUCUUCAUACCCAAAUGAGACCUCAACUAACCCAUUUUUCACCAGUUCUGAUAUGAUAAAUGUAAUAUGAUAAAUCCCCUAAAAGGCAAAAUUCCUUAGAGAAUAAUUAUGAUUCGAAAUACAACAGGACCCUAAUGACGUCAAUGACAAAGAAACAGGUGUCUCCUUCAGGGGGCGUGUCCUGUUUUCCUUCUCAAAUUUAACCCGGAAGCGAACAGCGGGCGUUGAUUGGCUCACAGACCCGGCAGUUUGCGGCCACACCCCCUGCCAAAGUGACACAUCUCCUAGGAAAGACAGUGAGAACAACAACAACAAACACCAGAGAGGAGGAAGAAGAGCGAGCAACAUGGCGGCGGGGAGAAGAACCGGAGUCUCGCCCCGCGGCCGCCUGUAGCUGCGGGCCGGUCUGGGAGCGUCUGUCAGCGGGGAGGCGGCAUGAGGCUCCCCGGGCCGCUGUGACCGUCCACGCAGUCAUGACGGAGUCAGACCCAGUGUCCCGGGCCCGGUCAGCGGAGGCCUGGAAGAGACACAUCGUGGGCCAGCUGAAGCACCGGGACCGGAGCCAGCACGACCGGUACCAGGAGCUGAUCCGCUUCUACACUCGGCUGCUGGAGAAAACCCGUUUGACCAAAGGAAUCCUGAGCAGCUCCCCCAGACGUCCCUCCGUCGGGUCUCUGCUGCAGCACAACGACCAGCUGAAGAAGAUCACAGGAGAGCUGGCCUAUCAGGUCCUGGAGCUGCAGCAGCAGACCAGGACCAGAGAAAGUCUUCUGGAGGAGCAGCAGUACAGACUGGAGGCGGAGAAGCUCCGGCUGGCGGGUGCGUUUGAUUAUCGAGGGGUGCUGCAGCAGCAGGUGGAGCAGGUUCAGCUGGAGAAUGCGGCGUUGAAGACUAAGUACGAUGAGUUGCUGGAGCUUCAGAGACGAGAGGAGGCAAAACUCCGGGAGGAGAAGCUCCGUGGUGAUCGUCUUCUGGAGACCAUGAUCCAGGAGAAGCAGCAAGCUGCCGCCCACAUGAACAGCCGCAACCAACGCAGGUCCAGAGCUCGGGAAGCUCACCUGCAGAAGGAGCUGCAGUCUACGAGGUCAAAGGUCACCUUAGAAAGUUCCAGAUCCAUGUCUCCAAAGCGUGACCUCCAGCUGGAGUCCAGAGAGGGAGGUCACAGCAGACUGUUCAGGUCCUUGUCUGUGUCCUCUCCCAGGAUCCUGUCCUCCUUCAGAGACCUCUUCCACAGGAGGAGGCGGGGCCACUCUGUCUGCAGCAUGGAGGAGGACCUGGUGUUUCCUGUGAGGGUCAGCCUGUACGCUCGAGUCCCUGUGAGGGCGCUGCAGGUUCUGGAGGCCCAUGAGCAGGGCAUUAACGCCGUGAGGUUCAGCUCCAGCUCUCACCUGCUGGCGACGGGGGGGACGGACCGAGAGGUCAAAGUGUGGGAGGUCCAAUCAGGCUCGCUGACUCACAGGACCACGCUGGAGGGCAGCACCGGAGGGAUCACCUGCAUUGAGUUCGACCCGGCGGGCUUCAGGAUCCUCGCGGCCUCCUACGAUAAGUCUGCCUUGUUGUGGCGUCUGGACGACUCUGUUGCCAAGCUGACCCUGACCGGUCACAGGAGGAAGGUGACCGCAGCAAGGUUCAGUGGUUGUCUUCAUCAGGUGGUGACGGGCAGCGAAGACCGAAGCAUCAGAGUGUGGGACCUUCAGAGAGCUGCCUGUGUGGAGGUGCUGGAGGUGUCGUCUUCCUGCAGCGAUCUGGUUUGUUCUGAGAACUCGGUGAUCAGCGGACACUUUGACUCCAGGAUCAGAGUGUGGGACACCAGGUUGCUGCGAUGCGUUCAGGAGCUUCCCGCUCAGGGGAAAGUCACCUCGCUGGACAUCAGCUCCGACCAUCGUCAUCUGCUCAGCUGUUGCCGUGACGACUGCCUCCAGCUGGUCGACUUGAGGGGGCGGAGCAAUGAGCGUGUGUGCUUCAGAGCCGAAGGAUUUAAAUGUGGCAGCGACAGCAGCAAAGCUGUGAUCAGUCCUGACGGCUGCUUCCUGGCGGCCGGCUCGGCGGACGCAGCUGUUUACAUCUGGAACGUAUCGACGGGGAAGCUGGAGACCCGCCUCCCGGACCGACACAGUUCUUCUAUCAGCGCCGUGGCCUGGUCGCUGUCCGGCGAAUACGUGGUCAGCGUGGAUAAAAGUAGGCGGGCCGUCCUCUGGAGUGACAUCUGAGCACUGAAGAUGUCGUAAACUGAUCUUGGAGCUGCCAAAGGGAACAAUUGUGUUUUUAAGCUGUUUGCUGAUUGGGCGAAAAGAAUGUGACGAUGCAUUAAGCUUUUUAACUGUAAAACGAAACAAAGGGACCAGUAUUUGACCGUUAUUUUACAUGAUGGGCUUGUUACUUUAAAUAAGCCAUAAAAGAGUGUUAUUUUUUUUUUUUUUUAUCAAACUUCAGCCCUGAUCAAAACUGACAAAUAUUUAUUCAUUUUAAGAACUGUAAGUGUUUAAUGCUAUUUGUUUACUUAAUGACAAAAAAUUAAUAAAUAUACUUGGAAUGAGGAA